UUUUUCACGUAGCCGCUACGAGCAGAUUAUUUUGGGUGCACCAGAAGAGAAGAAGAAAAAAAGUGAAAAUCAUUUAAUUUUCUAAAUUGUAAUUUGUAAUUUAUUGUAAAUUUUACUAUUUUUCUCUCUAAUUGACGAUGUUACUGAGGCCAAAGAAGCUUGGAGGUAUAGUUUUAAAUCGUGUUUGCAAUUCAUUCAACUCAAACUAUGGCACUCAAUCAAAGCCACCGUCAAUGGUGUUAGAACGAUUGAAUUCUCGGGUUUUAAUCGGCGUACAUGGUGAAGAUGCUUCCGUUUUCCUUCAAGGACUUAUCACGAAUGACAUGAACCAUUUCGAGCACAGAACUGCGUCGAUCUAUGCUCAUCUUUUGAACACUUCUGGGCGAGUAUUAUUCGACUCGUUGAUUUACAAGUCGUCGGAAGAUAACAGAAACUUUUUAGUAGAAUGUGACACGGAAGCAGUUGACAAAGUCCGGAAACAUUUACGUAUAUUCAGAGUCCGGAAAAAAGUAGACAUUUCAGAUGUUGAUAAAAAAGUAUGGGUGAUGUUCUCAUCAAUAUCUAAUGGCUGUACGGUCCCUGCAGAUGAUACGCAACCAAAGCUAUUCAAGCUGUUCAAAGAUGCUAGGUUGUCCGAUCUAGGGUAUAGAAUAAUAACGGAUAGUGUAACAACAUCUUCUCAAAUACAGUCUGCUUUUUCGGUUGGUUUCCACUUUGAAAAUGAUGCGAUUUCGUACAAAGAGCAUCGUUAUAAGCUAGGAAUACCAGAGGGAAUCAAAGAACUUCCGUUGACUAAAUGUUUCCCACUCGAAAGUAACUGUGAUUAUAUGCAUGGAGUCAGUUUUCACAAAGGGUGUUACAUUGGCCAGGAACUAACAGCAAGAACUUACCACACGGGAACAACUCGCAAACGCAUAAUGCCAUUAUUUUUCAAAGAAUCAGUCCCGGAUUUACCCGAAAAUGCUUCGAUCGAAAACUCAGAAGGGCAAUUAGUAGGGAAAUUAAAAGGUGUCAAAAGAUUACAUGGAUUGGGUUUACUGCGCUUAGAACAUGUGCUCCCAAGUUAUCCAACUUUGAUCGUGGAUGGCAAAUAUUCAUGCCAGACUCAACGUCCUAAGUGGUGGCCAAAGGAGCAUACAAAAUCGACACAACAUUAAAUCCACAAUUCUGUUCACAAAAGAAUGUGUCCUGAAGAUCAAAACAAGGAUGGAUCUUCGAAAUUUUUUCGAUGUUCUAUUUGUGAUUUGUCUGAAAUGUACGAUCACUACGGAAAACAAAAACCCCAUCUGAAUAACUUGCGAUUUGAAGAAGACUGUUUCCUAAUGAGCGACCCUUUCGUGCCUCCACCAGCACUGCAGCAAUCCGCUUCGGUAGAAUAUUUCAUACUUCUGGGAA